CUCAUGACGCGCUGCGGUCAGGCAGUGCCCGUUACAUAUAUAUGUUCUGGUUGGCACCGCGGAGCCCUUCAUCAAGUCCCCCUUUCAACUGCACCGUCGCUGUCCUCGCAUGUCGACUCCGCCGCCGACCCCUCCCAUGCAGGGCGGUAGCUCGCACCCAGCCCCCGUCGUCCUCGACGAGAGCGCCGAACGCGGCUCCCCUGCUCAGAUUUCUUACGUCGACGCCGCGGGAGACCAAGACGCUGCUGAGACCGAUAGGCUGCUCCCUACCACUCCUGAAUCCGCACCUCUCGCCAUUCCCGACGUGACCGAACAUCAGGCUACGUCUGACGAGAAGAAAGGCAUCAUGUCCCGGUUCUCGGAGCGUCUGCGCGCGAUACCGUCCACGGUCCCUACUGUCCAUGUCCCCGGGCUUCAGCAGAUGACUUUUGAUUAUCCUUUCCUCCAGCGGCUGGGCCGCGUGCGGCUUCCGGAGGACGAGGAGGCUGUUCGAGACAGACAGCCUACGGCUCCCUCUCGCUUCGCCAAUUGCUGGACUGCCAUCAAGAAGAGGCAGUUCCGCAUCCGGUGGUGGCACUACGUGUUGCUCGUUCUUGUGAUUUUGGCGGCCACGAUCCCACCCAUUGUCGUCACGGCCGUGCGCCAUGCUCGUAGGCAUUCUUACCGGCCCACGCCUGCUUACCAGAGGAGAUGCGGCAAUCCGGUGCAGCUAUCCCUGCGCCUCGACGAGCCCUUCUACCGUCAAGGCCGCCAGGAAUACCUUCAUGCCGCGAGCGCAUCGUUCGGCGUCCCCGCUGACACGCGCCUGGAGCUCAACGCGUUCGCCUCGCAUGGUAACGUCCGCUUCGUUCUCGACAACAGCACCGACCCAGCCUCAGGGUGUGGCGACCAGUCGCGCCGCAACAUCACGAUCGACGUCACUGCCUACAUGGAUGACUGGAACGCAUUCAGACCGAGUGUCGAGGUGUGUCGCGGGGCUCCUUGGGGCUUCACUCGCAACACAGGUCUGCACGUCCGUUUCGCAGGUGGCCAGUGGCACGGCAACAUGAGAACGGCAUUCGAUGUGACCGUUCGCCUACCCGCUGGGUCUGCUAGUCACCCUGUACGACUCGGCAGCGUCUCGGGCAAUCUUCAGGACUUCGAGGUCUCCAUCGACGAUCUCCAAGGCCUUGCCGUCUUUGACGAUUUCUCGCUGUUCGUGAUGAACAUGCCGAUCCACGCGGAGUCGCUCGUCGCCGCGAAGGAAAUCAAGCUCCGUACAAUGAAUGCACCCAUCAGUGGGACAUUCAUAGCGCCGCGCAUCGACCUCAAUGCCAACAACGGAGAGAUCAACGCCAACGCCAGUCUCGUAGCAAAUGCAACCGUAUCGGGGGUGACCAAUGGCUGGCACUACAAUAAUCUGUACCUGAUGAUGCAGUCGACAAACCGAGCAAUCACUGCGAACGUCGGCCUCGUCAAGCCGGCGGGCAUGCGCAUCGAUCCAGUGCUCCCCAUCGACAUUAGGACGAACAAUGCGCCCAUCGACCUCACGGUCGCUGCCGGAUCGAACUUGACCGUAAGCACCCACACGACGUUCGCCCCGACGACCGUCAAGCUCCCUGGCACGUACACUGGCGAUUUCUCCUUGAACACCUGGAGCGGCUGGCAGCAACCUGUGGUACACUUCGACCGGGAGCACGACGAGCGCACCAUGCAGGUCACUUCGCUCACCGACCGCGGUGUCUCGGGUAACGUACGCCUCCCUGGCUCAUCGCCGCGUCCUUAUGUGACCUUCUCACCGCGCGGGAGUCGUGUCACUAUGAGUUCGCAGAACGGUGACCUUGAUCUGUAUCUAUAGGUGUCCCGUCCUUGUUCGAGCUUUCCACGCUUCAGUACCGUUGGUCGUUCGGCGUGUCACAUUGAGAUGUGACUCGGACGAGAUGACGUGGUUUGAUCUUCGUACGAUGUUUAGCAAACGGUAUCAGGAGCUGAACUAGUCGUGAGUACAUAA